AAGUGAAAAAUGUGAUGGUCCAGAAAAAAAGAGGGCAUGCAUGGAAAAGAGGAAGAGGCAAAGGAAUUUGUCAUUUUGCAGAGGUUGCAAAUCCCAAACAUCUCACUAGAGGCCAAACAAAAGGGCAACUGGGUUUUCCAAUUCUCUACCAAAUAUCUCAUUCUUAGCUGUGUCCUAAACAGUGGGCCAUGCACGUGUUUAAGCCCUUCUCAUCCCAUCAUUCAUCAUAGCCUUCCCUCAAUUCCCCACCACCCAACCCCUCCUUUAUAACCGAACCUUCCUUCCCUCACACCUUCCCAUCACUCACCACACCAACACACCUCUCCCUCUCUCUUUUCAUCUCGUUGUGGCAUUUCAUCAAAUACUUUGCAAGAUGGCCAAAGUGGGAAAACUUACAAAGCUGAAGUCAGCGAUCAAGAGAUGGCCCUCAUUGACCAAGCUCAGCCGCGGCAACAGCUGUGUCUCCUCCCACAAAGGAGCCACCGGAACAUCCUCGUCAUCCAAGGAACAUGCACAUGACCAAGAGCUUCAUGCUGUUUAUGUUGGCAAAUCUAGGAGGCGCUACCUCGUAAACUCCGAAGUGAUCGACCACCCUGUGUUUCAGGAGCUAGUUGAUAGGUCUUCUUCGUCUCAUGAUGAUGGGGUGGUGGUAUCCUGUGAGGUGGUGCUGUUCGAGCACUUGCUGUGGAUGCUUGAGAGCGAAGAGACCCAGUUGGGGUCCAUGGAUGAGCUGGUCGAGUUUUACUCUUGUGCAUGCUGAUCCACUUGAUGCUAUCCAUCGAUGCUGACACUCCUAGUAAUAGCUGACUUCGAUUGUUUCUCUUGUGGUCACCCAAACCAUUGGCCAUCACUUUGUGAAUUCAGAUUGAUUCAAUCUUAAUUAUAUAUCUAAAAGUAUUGUUGUUCUGUAAAGUGGGCAUGUAAUUGACAUUAAUGUUCUAUUCAUUGUUCUUGUGACUUUGUUUGAGGUGAAUCAAUCCAACGCCAAUUCGAAUCA